UUAAGUUUUGGUCUUUUUUUGGUCCUGGAUUCUUGAUAUUUCUAUGAAAAAUUCAUUCUUGAUUUCCACAUUUCAACUUUGUUAUUGAAGUUUACAUCUUGACCUUUUUUUUCUUUUUUUGGAAUUUCAAUUCUUUGUAUGUAUUCAAAUUCUUUUGAACAAAAAGUAAAGGAAAAAAAAAGGAAAAUUCUUUAGUGUUGUGAGUAGUUAGAGUUUUACUGGACCUUUUGGCCAACUUUGUUGUGAUACAAUGAGUUUUCUAACAGGAGCACCAAAAAAUUCAUGGCAACCAGCUAUGACAGUUGAUACAACAACAUCAAAUUAUUGGUUGAAUUGGAGGGUUACAUUGUGCUCCAUUUGGAUUCUUGCUUCAAUGGUUUUUGCAUCCAUUCUCAUAACAAAGUACGAAGGUCCUAGUGGUAUAAGAAAUAGGAGGAGAGAACAGGAGAAAGACUCCCCUGGACUUUUGUAUGAAGAUGAAGUUUGGAAACCAUGUCUUAAAACUAUACAUCCUGGUUGGCUUCUUGGAUAUAGAGUCGUCGCGUUUUUAAUUCUCUUGUUAUUGUUAAUCUUGAAUGUUGCUGUUGAUGGAGGGGAACUCUUUUACUACUAUACACAGUGGACAUUCACAUUGAUUACAAUUUAUUUCGGGCUUGGAUCUGUGCUCUCAAUGUAUGGAUGUUACCAAUAUCACAAUAAGGUUGGUGGUGAUGGAAUUGGUAACGAGAGGGCAGACGCUGAGUAUGGUUCACGAAGAUUGACUGUGAAUAUAGAAAGUAACAGCAGUACAAAUGCUGCAAAACAGGUAGGGGAAAAUGCAGAACAGAGUUCUCGCCAAAUUGCUGACUUCUGGGGAUAUGUUUUUCAGAUAAUUUUCCAGAUGAAUGCAGGAGCAGUAACGCUUACUGACUGCGUCUUCUGGUUUAUACUUGUUCCAUUUCUGACCAUUAGAGGCUACAAUUUAAACUUUUGGAUUAUAAACAUGCAUUCGAUCAAUGUUGUGUUUCUACUUGGUGAUACAGCUCUCAACUGUUUGCGUUUCCCUUGGUUUCGAAUUGGAUAUUUCUUUCUGUGGACAGCAGUUUAUGUUGUUUUUCAAUGGGCAGUCCAUGCCUGUAUAUCAAUAUGGUGGCCUUAUCCAUUUCUUGAUCUGUCAUCUUCAUUUUCUCCUCUCUGGUAUUCAUCGGUGGCGGUGAUGCACAUACCAUGCUAUGGCAUUUUUGUUUUGGUAAUGAAGCUGAAACACCAUUUGUUAAAGAAAUGGUUUCCUCACUCUUAUCAGUGUGCAGGAUGAUGCUAAGCAAGGGAUUUUAUGCCUUAAAAGGCAGCUAGCUAUUGUCAAGGGAAAAUGAGAAAAGAUAACCACAAAUAGCAGAGAAGGCAACAUGAGUUCAUUUUUUGAACAAUACAACAUGGGUGUUUGGUCCUUGUUUCCCCAGAAAAGGAAAAAAGGGUAACAAGAAAAGGAAAACAAAAUAUUACUGUAUGUAGCAAAAUAGCAGUAAAUCUUUAGAGGUUAUACAAAAAAAAAAUAGAGGGAUAGAGUUUUGGAUUUGCAAGAUAUACAUGUAGCCUAAACAUGCAAAACAAAUAUUUAUUGAUUAUAUAAA